UUUGACAAAGAGUUGCUACAGAUAGACAGAUAGACAGGACAGAUAGACGAUACCUAUGUCUCUUCAACCUCCUCAACAAGGGUCAGAGAAGAUCUAUCUAAACCGAGGCUCAGGUUACCUCCAGCCCUUGGUCUACAAUAGCAUAGCGCGCGUAGCGUUAAAGUUCCCCACGCCACUCAACCUCUAGGUUUUUUUUUUUUUUGUUCCCCUCCUAAUAACCACCAUCUUCCACCAUUCUAAGUCAACGAAACACAGAGUUCAGAUAAUUCCCUAUCAAAAUGUCCUCCGCAAGGAUCAGCCCGUCUAUCCAAAGUAUUCUUCCAUAGAAACUAGAGGCGAAAACAAACUCACGUGACGCAAUGACUAACCGCAUCCGGCACCUGCUCUCUACAGCGUAGCUCUUUUCUCAUAUCGUCGAGUACUUUUUUGCUUCCUGCGAAUAUGUCCCUUCUCUCUGCAAUUGACACUCUUGACACUCGUUGGGUGUCAAGCGGGAGAUCAGUGUGAUGUGUCUUGUUUGGCGUUGAUGUCUUUCUGGCGGUAUCUCUGCUCCGUAUUCGUUGUGCUCUUUGCUUAUUUACUUCCCGACCGAACACCUCUUUCUGGCAGCGGUCCAAACAUGAUAUCCCCACUCUCAAAUACUCCGAUUCCCAUAUUUUCUUCUCCUUUUAAUACCCCAUUGUCAUCUUCCCCCCGCCCUCUGAGUCCCAGGCGGCUUAGGCAACACGAUCCCGAGCAGGAUCUUGAACAGCUAAACACGUUUACCCGCAAUGGCGAUGAUAUAGAAGAAGCAAUAGAAGAUGAAGCGGAGGAGGCAGAGGAAGAUGAGGAAGAAGAAGCAGAAGAACAAGGAGACUUCGCCUAUGAUAAUGGUUAUGAUGAUGACGAGGACGGUCCAACGGAGGCAUCUCCUCUUCUUCCUAUCUUCUCAGCAUCCAUUCUAGACUCCCUUCCGACAUAUCCUUUAACGCAUGCAAUUCGUUUGUUGAUAACUACUCGUUGCGAAACUACUCUGUCCUGGGAUCAACUCAGAUCACCCCAGGUCUCCCAGUUCCUGCUCAAGCCAAUUCAACUGCAGAUUCGCGGCUCUCAUUUCUCCAGAGCCACUCUCUAUGCGUUGAUGGCCAAUUGCCUUCAAUUCAAAAAGGAAGUGGAUUUCCAUCCGGAAAAUAGUGGUGCCAGCAAUACCAGAGCCAUGGUAUGCGAAUUGCUUGCCAUCAAGCUGUUAAAGGAAUACACUACUAGAGAGUUGAUUGAUGCUCUUUCAUACGACUUCUAUCCACUGCAGGGACAGCCUCCUCCCUUGUCUAGCAGCACCCUCAGGCCAUCCAGUUGGGAUACAAACCAACGUUCGAAACUGGUGUCUCCAGGGGCAGUCCGAAUUUCUUGCCUCGAAAUUGCCGUCCGCGCACAGGCAAAACGUUUCCUCGCGCAUCCGCUUGUAGUCCAACAACUCGAAGCUAUUUGGGCAGGUAACAUUGUUUUCCACUUUGCUGCAGAUAGUUUACAUCGCCAACCAGUCACAACAAGCACAGAAUCACCUCCUCAGGGGUAUGGGUCGUUCUCCCAAACUAAUAACAGCUAUAGCCCCGGGAAACGCAGUCAUGAUGUGAGGCCCAACCAGAGCGUUGGGAUCGGAACUCGUCGUUCCGUAACUCUCUAUAACCCCCGAGAUGCUUCUCUUUUUAAACUCUCCCGACUUAGAGUUCCUCGUUAUCGACAGGUGCUCUCCACAAUGUCCUUCGCAAUUUUACUUGGGCUUUUUCUUGCAGUUAUUCAAAGGCGGUCUCCCAAAAUUACUACCCUUGAACUUGUGUUCUGGUUUUGGAGUGCAGGGUUUAUGCUCGAUGAACUUGUAGGGUUCAACGAGCAAGGAUUUAGCCUCUAUUUGAUGAGCUUCUGGAACACUUUCGAUGUGGGCAUAUUGCUCUUACUGUUUUGCUAUUAUUGCUUGAGAAUAUACGGCGUUGUCGCGCCUGACCCUCUCAGGCGAAUCAUUGCAAAUAAUGCGUACGAUAUUUUAGCCGCCAAUGCCGUUCUGCUCCUCCCACGCCUCUUCUCCGUACUCGACCACUACCGCUAUUUCUCUCAGCUUCUAAUCGCCUUCCGCAUGAUGGCUGCUGACCUCGUUGCUGUUUUCACGCUUAUAGUCAUUGCGUGUAGCGGUUUUUUUGUUGCUUUUACGUUCUCAUUCGGCAAUGGGGACUCGCCGGGGACCGUGAUAUACGCGCUUUUUCAAAUGUUGAUGGGCUUUACACCUGCGGCUUGGCAACUCUGGGAUAAAUACAACCCAAUCGGGAAAGCAAUACUUACCCUUUUCCUAUUUAUAUGCCAUUUUCUUGUCGUUACAAUACUCAUCACAGUGCUAACCAACUCGUUUAUGGCAAUUGUUCAAAAUGCCAACGAAGAGCACCAAUUUGUGUUUGCAGUCAACACUCUUUCGAUGGUUAAGUCAGAUGCUCUUUUCUCUUACGUCGCGCCUGCCAAUGUCCUUGCGUGGAUUAUAGCACCACUUCGAUUCACAAUGCCGUUUCCAAAAUUCAUUCAAUUGAACCGAACGGUAAUUAAAAUUACUCAUAUGCCGAUCCUAUUUACAAUCUACCUCUAUGAAAAGACAAUUUUAAGAUCAAGCGUGUUUGAACUGACUGUUCCUGUCGACAAUUAUCCUGCGAGGUCGAGAAAAUAUAAUAAUCGUCACAGCCACUUCGAUGCGUUUACGCGACGGGGCUCGGUCCGCGUACGGGAACCAUCGAUUGCCACACAGCAGAAGGACCGUGCUCUUGAGGAGGUAUUUCGGCGUCCUUUCAACCACCAAAACGCAAGCUAUCGUGGAACGCCGAUGCAAAAUAUCCACCACCAAAAUCAGCGACAACAACAAUCUAGCAAUCUUGUUGACUCCUGGAUGCAGAAUAUCGAGCCUGGAACCGGGAUCGCUUCACCUGAAGAGCAGGAUAUGAGUACGGUAGAACGGUUGGAGAAACAGCGUCUCUGGAGGCACAAUGCACGGAGGUAUCGUGAUCAUGUACAUGGGAUAGUGCGGAACCUUACGAAUACUACUCAGUCGAUCGCUUCAGAUCCAGAGGAUUUGAGAAAUAGCGCCGUCCGCCACCGCAGAUUCCCGUAUAAUAUAUCGAUCCACCCUCAAAGCCGGCACCUUCCACAGCAAACAGACAUGGAGGGUGAUGAUGAGCUUACAAGCAGUGACAAUGAGCAAGGGACUUCUGAUGGCCCUGGACGCCCGUCAAUGCAAAAUAGUAACGGGAACGUCCAGGGAGGCAACCAAUCGUCCUCAAAAUCCAGUACCUGGGGUAUGGUCAGCCCCCGAAAGAAAUCCUCCAGGCCAUCCACAGCCAAACUACUAUCGCGUAGGAAUAGCCCUUCCCGCCGCCUGAAAACUCCGCAGCGGCAUCAUUUCCGAAAUGCAUCUGGGGCGACAAUUCUCUACAAGCCCACGCAUCCCCAACCGGACGAUAAGCAGGGAGCGGAAGGCGACAGUGGAGAAAAUGGAAAUAUCACCGCAAACUCCCCUACCAAAGAUCCUUACGGAAGAACCAGUGCCCCAAAUAUUGAAAAUAACCAACAUCAUCGUAAACGCUCACCCAAAACCCAACAACCCGCCGUACCCUGCCCCAUCAUCCCUCCAAGCAAGACAAAAUUCAUGUCCCUCCCCGACGAUACGGGUCUUGGAUGGGCCGCCAGCACAGCAGCCCGACACGACACCAGCCUUCUUCCCCCUCAACACCAUGACCAAAAGCCUUCCUCGACUCUAACCAUGGACCUCGGGUCCGAUCUUGGCGACAACAACGCCGUCGGCGGCGGCUUCGUCGGGGCGAUCCCAUCCAGCUUCGCGACGCAGAUGGCAUAUGCGACUAGCGGGUUACGACGGCCCGCACCGCCGCUGACGAGUAGUGAGACCCAGGAUAUGUUGAGCAAAUUGGUGUUGGCGCGGAUGAGGACACUCGAGGAGGGAUUUCGAGAAGUCAUUUGGGAAGUCAAGGAAUUGAGACGGGCGGGUGAACGCGAGCGUGAACGUGAAUGGGACAGGAGAAAGACGAACGAAGGGAAUUUUUUGAAGAAGGGGGGGAAGGCGCGGCAGGAGCGGAAGAAGAGCAGGGCAAAUACGGAGAUUGAGUCCGAUUCUGGUAAUGAAGACGGCCGUAAUAGUCUUACCCGGGAACGAUGAAACCUGGAGAAGGAGGAGGAGGAAGGUAGUCGAGCGGGAUUAUUCAGGGGCUGCGGUGGUUCGUUUGUAAUUAGUUAAUUGGGCGGUUCGCGGCAUCGUGUAUGGUCUAGUGUUGCCUAGUUUGUUGCGGGUAUUGUUUUGUAUUGGUUAUAUAUUUUAAUGAGGGUUUAGACAUGACAUGUUAAUAACUAAGGAAUCGGGAUUUCAUUUUUAUAGAUCUAAGAGACUUGACAAUGCGGGUGGUUUGGUAUAUUUCACCACAUUUGCCAUUCUAACCGUUUUUAUUACACACAUCCCGUUGCAUCACAUCGCGUAGCGUAGCAUAGCAUAGUAUAAUAUGGUGUAUAAUGUCUCAAGUCCAUCCUGUCAAAAAUCGGACA